CUCAGCUCCAGCCCUCGCCUCGCCUGCCGUGCCGUCCGCACACACAUCCCCACGCACACACCCACCCGCCCGGCUCCGCAUCCCGCCGCCGCCGCCUCGUCUCCCAGCAUGGUCAUCAAGGUCUACAUCGCCUCCUCCUCCGGUUCCACGGCGAUUAAAAAGCAGCAACAGGAUGUGUUAGGUUUCUUGGAAGCCAACAAAAUUGAAUUUGAGGAAAAGGAUAUCGCCGCCAAUGAGGAGAAUCGGAAAUGGAUGCGCGAGAACGUCCCUGAAGACAGCCGGCCAGCAAGCGGGAACCCCUUGCCACCCCGGCUCUUCAACGACAGCCGGUACCUCGGGGACUACGAAGCUUUCUUUGAAGCCCGGGAGAACAACGCGGUAUAUGCGUUUUUAGGCUUGACUGCGCCACCUGGUUCAAAGGAAGCUGAAGCACUGGCAAAGCAGCAAGCGUGAAUUUCAACUGCCUUAAACGUUCUGUAAAGGGAAUUUCCACAGCUUUUUAUAAAAUAGUACAAUUGUCUCUGCUUCAAGAAAUGUAGAUGUGAUCUCUGACAUUUGAUUGGUGCUUGCAGCAUUCACCGUACGUAAUACCAAUUUGAACACAAGAUGAAAAUGUGAACAUAGGAGCAUGGAGUGUUUUAUUACAAAGUUGGAAGCAUAGGAAACUGAAGCGAUUAGACACAAAUGAUUUUCACGUAGUUUAAACCCUUUUGGCAAUUUGACCAUUUUCUGUAAACUUCGAGAAACUAUUUUAGUGCUAACAAUCCAGAUGGGGUGAUACCUAGAGAUCCAACUAUUUAAAAUACGGAAAACAAGCAACAGCAUCUAAAACCUUGUCCAUGCUAACUGUAGUGCCUGAGUUGCCUCAAAAACGUUACUGAAUUACAUGGUAAUUUUUCAGCGUCUCUCCUGGUUUCAGAUGAAAUUGUAGGUGGUAUCAUGUAGUGUAGCCGUUGUAGUCACUUUUGAAAGUUGUGUUUGUUCUUUUGUAGAAUGGAUAUUUAAGAUUUGUAUUGUAACGCGCUGUACAGAUGAUAAACAAAAAAAUAAUGCCAUGGUAUUUCUUACUGAAGUGAUCCGCGUGGGCUCUUUUGACAAAGAGGAAGGGAUUUGAGCAAGGGACAGCCUUUCCGUUGGCAGGUUCGUCACGCAGCUGCCGAGGCACGACUCGGUUACACGUCUGUGUGCAAGAUGCAGUGCACCUCGGGGAAGCAGGCGCUAAUUCCCAGGCGAUGUUGCAAAUAAGCCAAAACGGCCAGAAAUGGCAUUUCCUUACCAGUGUAAGGGUGAAAGCCUAUAAUGUAUUUCUCUACAAAAAUACCAGUUCACACUGCUUAGAGUAUUAGGCAUCUUACUGCAUGUUCCAGUAGUCAUUAGAUUCAUAUAGUAUUUUUUCAAACAAGGAAAUAAAUGUUUGAAUAGCAAGAACUAUUGUAAUUAAGCAAGAUUUUUUUUAAGGUUUAAGAACUUUUUCUCCAUUCUUAUUGCCAUAUCACGAAGCUAUUACAGGAAUUGCAGAUCUAUUAAAGUGUCUUGUAUCGGUGAAUUUACAAUGUGCAAUAUUAACCCACCUGCUCUCCCAGUGCUCGUGAGAUAGACUGCGUUUCUUGGCCGUGUUCUGCAAAAAUACAAAUAAUUACAAGUGCCCUGAAGGAUAAGAAACAGGUUUAAAAAGUGUGUGGGUAAUUUAAAAUGCAUUUUGCACCACAUAAUGUACUUACUCCCCAAAAGCAUCAAAAGACAGUAAGAAAGAUAAUUAGUCCUUGCAGUAGAGGAUCAUUCUAACAGCUCUGCACAGGCACGUUUUGAUUUUCUCUGCUUUAUGAAGACAGAGAAACAGGUGGUACAGAUCAGCGAAAGGCUGCAGCUUGUCAUCGCCGCCCGGUUAUUUUACACUGAUGCUGUAAAAUGUGCGCAGUGCUUUUAAAAUACUUUCUGAAAUGGCUUACAGUUUGUAGUUUUCAAGUCUGAAAUUAGGAACAGGAUAAAAGUAAGAACUUACAAAGAUGUUGUAAAGUACAGGAAUUUAAAUCCUUCCCUCACCAGCAUUUCUUUGGGGCUUUUGUUCCAUUUGCUACAAGCGACAAUUUUGCCAACAUCUGUUAAAGAGCAAUGUGGCUACUUGCUGUGGUUGGAAAGGAGCUCUGCGUCGAGGGAGCUCACGACGAAGCCUCCGCAGGCGCCCGAGUGAGCAGGGUCUGGCAUGGAGCCGAGGGACUUAAAAUGGUAUUUCAUUCGCGGGUUAUCUUCUUCGAUUUGGGAGCCCGGGAGUUAGUUUGAAGCUCAUCCUUACAAAAGCAAGCAUGGUAUCAGAAGGCGUGGGGAGAGAUCAGUGUUGCCUUACGCCCAAGAUUAACACACGUAUUUGUGCUUUUUCAUUAACAAGCUUUAUCAGUAAUUCCUCAAAUUCUGUGAAAGUUAUUUCUAAGAUUUCUGGGGGGUGGAAGUUUGGUUACAAUUCAAAUCCGGUGUCCAAUUUUUGUUGUUCACUGUGAUUCCAUCCUUCUGAACGGAGGUGAUUUUUCUUUCUUGAUAUUGGCGUAAUCUUUGUGUCUAAACCGGCGGUCGAGUUUUUGAGAAAGUACCUAAGAAUACUAAGUGAAGUCUCGUGAAGAAAGUGGAAUUUGACACACGAGUCGCUAUACUCAGGCCAAUUUGCUGCGUUUCCUGUGUAAGGAAGGUAUGGUGUAAGUUUUGUGAAUUACAGUCAUUAUUUUGGAGAAGCUGUACUUGAAAGUCGCUGCCAAAUUCUGUCAGUUCAGCGACCCAAAACGUUCUGAAAAGAGGUCAAUCUCUGUUUCUGAACGGGGAAGAAAAUUGCCAAGUUAAAGAAACAAAGUCACUUCCCUCGGCUGGUCCCCCGCCCUUGCCAUAUGGUAGCGUUCAAACCGUAUCAGCAUUCCUAGGAAAGCUCUGUUGAGACAGACUGAAUUAUUUCUUUGUCCGGGGAACAAGGCACCAACACAAAGUAAAAAAUACCAAAAAUAUCUCUUUGUGUGGGACCGCGUGUAAAACUUGCGUUCAUUUUGAUGCAGAUAUCUUGCAUGACCUUAGGAGUGCUAGGAAUCUGUUGCCUACUUGUUGUUUUUCUGUUUCCCAAACCCCUGUUAGGUUAGCGAUGGGCACAAGAACUGAAUUUGUUCAUUUCUUGAUUAUUUUUUUUCCUAUGUAGAAGGCAGGCAUCAAGGAUUUAACCUGUAUAUUAACCGUUCCUGUAUCAUUCCAAUAAAAUCGAUUUAGAGUGCUUUCUCACA